AUGGCCGGUAGAAGUACAAAUAGCAGCAAUAAAGGCAUGGUUACAGAGCUCAUUGCUAUAAAGAAAACCAUACUUUCUAAAAUGGCUAGUAAACUCAAAGAGGUGUUUGGUGAAAUUCCUGCAGAUGUUAGAAAAUUGCCUCUGCUCUUGUUAAUACAGGCAUUGCAAAAGAAUUACGUAGGAGACUCAAUAAUUGUCAAGAAAAACAUAAAAGACAAAUCACACACCACAUCCAGAAAUACAAAGAAACGACCUUCAGUAAUGUUACAGGUCGAGGAUCAAUCAUUUAUAUUUGAUGGAUGUGCUUUGAGAAUGGUUGGUAUGGGAAAUGGAGAAGAAGAAUACAAAGGCAUGGUAGAUGAAAUCAACAACAUACUCAAGAAGCAUAUGAACAAGAAAUCAACAUAA